AAUAUCGUAUGUUUUGGUCCAAUGAAACUCGUUUCCCUACAGUAGCUGAUACAAUGUCGAGAAAUAGAUUUGAUAAUUUAAGAACUUUUUUUCAUGUUAAUGACAACACUGAAAUGCUGCCACGAGAACAAAAAGACCAUGAUAAACUGUUCAAAGUUAGACCGUUUUUAAAUUAUAUUCGCAGUAACAUGAGGAAGAUACAUGUAGAAGAGUUUACUUCUGUUGAUGAAAUUAUUAUACCUUUCAAGGGAAGGACUCUUAUGAAACAAUAUAACAAAAACAAGCCACACAAAUGGGGAAUUAAGUUAUUUGCAAUUGCAUCAAAAAGUGGUAUUGUUCAUGACUUUGAAAUUUACAUUGGUAAAGGAACUUUACCUCCAUCUGAACACGGUUUAGGUAUAAGUGGUGAUGUUGUUAUGAGAUUAUCUGAAUGUAUUCCAAAAAAUGAGAAUUAUAAGCUCUCCAUGGAUAACUGGUUCAAUUCAUAUAAUUUACAAUGCAAAUUAAAAUAUGAAGGUAUUUUGAGUGUUGGUACUGUGAGGUCUAACCGUAUUGCUGGUUGUCCAUUAGAAAACGAUAAGACAAUAAAAUCAAAGGGACGUGGAUAUUUUGAUUACUCUGUUGAUACCGAAAACAAGAUUGUAGUGACAAAAUGGUUAGACAACAAAAUAGUACAUGUUAUAUCAAAUUAUAAAGGACCACUUCCUGUGGAAAAUGUGAAAAGGUGGUCAGUAGCUCAAAAACAUAAUGUGGAAGUCCCCAGACCAGCAGCAAUUGGAGAGUACAAUUCUUACAUGGGUGGUAUAGAUCUUCAUGAUAUGCUUGUAGAACUCUACCGUGUUAAUAUAAGAGUUAGACGGUUUUAUUUACGUAUAAUAUACCAUUUAUUAGACAUGUGUGUUGUGAACUCGUGGCUCUUAUACAGGAGACACUGUAAGCAACUAAAUAUGAAAAAGUACAUAAGUCUUAUAAAAUUCAAAUCUGAAAUAGCACAUGCAUUACUAUUGUCUGGAAAAAACAAACCCAAUAAAAGAGGUAGACCUUUGUCAACUACACCACCAAAACCAAAAAAAAGAUUAUUUACUCCAAGACCCGUGGAUGAUGUAAAAUAUGACGAAACUGCACAUUGGCCAAUUCCUAUUGAUAAAAAACAAAGAUGUAAACAUUGCAUAAACGCAUAUACCACUAUGACAUGUAAUAAAUGUAACAUGCAUCUCUGUUUGACAAAAAGUAGAAUGUGUUUUAUAGCUUUUCAUCGUAAACAGCCGUAAAAUAAAAAAUAAAAUAGUCCACAAAAAAAUAAUAAUAAAAAAACAAACAUAUUUUAUUUAAUUAUUUUACUAUUUUGUUUAUAUAAUUUUAAACUGUUGAAGUUAUUUUUUUAUUGUAAUAUUUAUGUAAUGAAAGGAAAAACUCAUAAGACUGAGGAUGAAACUUCCAAAUUCCAAUAUCUUUUUUAAGUUGUUUUGUUUGAAUUUUAAAGAAAAGAGUACCUAGUUGAUUUUUAUUUGAUUGUUUAAUUUAAUCUAUUCAAAUUAAUUUUUUAUUUUACUAUUAUGUAUUGAAAAGGAAAAACUCAUAAGACUGAGGAUUAAACUUCCAAUAUUUUUUUAAAAAUUGUUUUGUUUGAAUUUUAAAGGAUAGAGUAGUUGAUUUUUAUUUGAUUUUAUAAUUUAAUAUAAUAAUAUAUAUUAAUUAUGUUUCAUUUUAAUAAAAGAAAUUUUGUUUUUGAAAGUGUUCAUUAUGUGUUCUUUAUAUGCCCAGUGAUUAUUAUAUGCAUCAUGUUGGUACUUAAGUCAUUUAAUGAUCGAAAAAUCUGAAAAAAAAUUUUUUACCUUUAUUUAGUCCCAAAUAUACCAAAAACCAAAAAAAAAAUUUUUGUUUUGAAAAAUUGUCAUGCCUGGGCCUGAAAGGGUUAA